GAACUGAUACAUCAGCUACUCCAAAAUAUCCCAAGUAUGCAAGCAAAACUGCCAGGGUGACAAGCUACAAUGAUUGUGGAGACAUUGUGAUACCACCAGAUAGUUUAGCUACCUCGGGAUUUUUCUAUGCUGGCUUUGGUGACUGUGUUAGGUGCUUUCAAUGUGGGGUUGGUCUUCGUCAUUGGUCAGAAGAAGACGAUCCUUGGAUCGAACAUAGUAGAUGGUCAAAGGAUUGUUUAUUUGUUAAACAAGUGAGAGGUCAAGAGUUUGUGAAUAUUGUUCAAAUGGCUGUACAGUAUUCUCAGAAUCAAAAUGGAAACGACCAUACUCCAGUUGGAAGUCCUACCGGGUCGUCUUCUGAUGCUGAUAUAGAACGCCAAAUGCAUACAGAUGCUGCCCAAAGUGUACUAGAGAUGGGCUACAGUCCACAUGUCAUACGAAGCGCCUUACGUGCAUUGAGAGAUGGAAAUGAUGGGCGAACUUUAAACGCCACCUUAUUGAUGGAGAAAAUCUUCGAGUUAGAAGAUGAAGCAUCGGCCAAUGAUGAAAAUAAUCUACCUGUCCAAGGAGCAUCUCCGAUCCAGUCAAAUGCAAUUGCUCAAGCACCAGUUACAGUUAACAAUAACACCCAAAGCCAAAGAGUAUUAAUUGAUACUGGUUCAGCAUCAUCAAAUUCUGCAAGGACUCAGUCGACUCCAGUAGGGGAUAUAUCCUCCCAAGCAUCCUUAACAACAAAUGCAAGCAGUGAAGCAACCAGACCUCAAAAUAAAAAGUCACAAUUAUUGGAACAGAAAAAGCUCAAACAAGAAAAUGAACAGAUGAAACAACAAUCAAUGUGUACCAAAUGUAAACAAAAUGAUGUAUGCAUCGUUUUUCUACCAUGUGGACAUUUAGUUUCAUGUGAAACUUGUGCACCAACUAUUAGAUACUGCUCGGUAGAAGGUUGUGGAAAAUAUAUAAAAGGCACCGUUCGGACUUACCUAGCAUAAAAUGAAUAAUGGGUCAUCACAGUAACUAUACAGAGUGAUGGCAAUGGUCAAAUGAUACAGACGUGGAAGCCGGUUGAAAAAUGAUGGCCUUGUUGUAUCACGAGAAACUGAAAUAUCAUGAAAACAGUGACAAGCAGUAACUUGAGGAAAUAAAGACAUGGCAUAGAGGAGCUCAAAGCAAGAACAAGUCUACUAAAAUGUACAAUGUUUUAUCAAUGAAUGAGAGGUUGACCCUGAUACAUUGUACACACAUAAUUGGAUGGGAAAUUUUAGAGGAUACUGCAGGGAACCAAAUGAUUUGCUUGCGGAGAAGCUUGUAAUUAUCGGUUAGUUAUCAAAUAAAGCUGGCUUGGUCGAUCAACUGUCGAUAUAUGAUCAUAAUCACUAUAUGCUUAAUCUGAGUACAAACAAACAAAGAAAUGGGAUGAAACCAAUAAUAAGGCCUUCACAUUUUUACUUUUUUAAGAUCAUAAUUCAUUGCUUAUUAAGAUUAUUAAGAUUCAUAAUUAAAUCGCUGUUUCAUUUGCUAAACAUUUUAAGCGAAUACGACGGGUAUUUAAGAAUUACAAAAAUACAUUAUCAGCCAUAUUAGGACAGUCACACUGUCAGACAGAGCUACUUAAAUAUCCAUUUAUUUCAGUUCUGUUGAAUAAAUAAGUAUCUUGAUGUUUCAUAGCACACAAGGUAUGAUAUGAAAGGAUAAACACUAUAUUUCAAACCAUUAUGAUUAUCCUAUGAUUACACUCCUUUUUAUGGAGAAAGCUAUUUGUAAAUAAAGCUAUGUAAAUUUGUAAAUAAAGGUACAUGUAUUUUGUAGUUAUUAGUAAAUAAUGCUAUUUUGUAAAUAUUCAUUUUGUAAAUAAAGUUAUUUGUAAAUAUUCAUCAUUGUAGUCAAUAUCAUUAAAGAAAUUAUCCAGUAUUCUGAUGUGCAAUAUGUAAGUUAUAAAUUCGGCAUUAUAAUGAAACUGUAUAUAUAUUGUAUAUAAUGUGUUUCCUUGUUUGUUAAAUUUUGUGUUUGACAAUUGUUUUAUUUAUAUAUUUAUAUAGUGUAUUUUAUAUUUUGUGGUUAGUGAAGUUCAUUUACUCAAUCGUCAUGGAGGUCUCUCAGACUAGGUUCAUUAUUAUGAUAAUGAUACCUUUGGUGUGAGAAGUCUUUGUCCUUUAUAAGAUACACAUGUGUGUAAACGUUAUUGUAUCUAUAUAUCAUGUUUUGGCAUUUUUGAUUAAAAUGUUAAAAUAUAUGUUACAUUGGUAUGGAUACAUAAUAAUUGUUUUCAUUAUAAAAUAAAAUACGAAAAACAAA